UUUGAAGCCUUCUCUGACAUUAUUCCAAAUGGUCGCCGUUAAAGCCCACGAACUUCGCAACAAGAACAAGGCUGAGCUCACCAAGCAGCUCGAUGACCUCAAGCAGGAGCUUGCCUCCCUCCGUGUCCAAAAGAUCACUGGAGGAGCUAGACUCCAAAAGAUUGGUGCUACCCGCAAGGCCGUCGCUCGCGUCUUGACCGUCAUCAACCAGACCCAGCGUGAACAGCUUCGUUUGUUCUACAAGUCCAAGAAGUACACCCCCUUGGAUCUCCGUACCAAGAAGACCCGCGCCAUCCGUCGUCGUUUGACCAAGGUUGAGGCCAACAAGAAGACCGUCAAGCAACAAAAGAAGCUUGCUCACUUCCCUCAGCGCAAGUUUGCUGUCAAGGCUUAAACGAUCCGACUUUUGUAUGAACAAUAAAAAAAUUCAUUCUUUCUUAAAUAUUAAAAAAGGA